UCUGCUUCCUGAAGACCUGAUCACCACUCCCAUAAGGCCAUGGCUGGCUUCGGGUUCCGGAGGCGUGGGGCACGGCUGGAUCCGGCUCCCAGGACCUGGCCCUGCACCGCGCUAUUUUCUCUUCUCUUCAUGCCCGUCUUCUCCAAAGGGAUGCACGUGGCCCAGCCCGCAGUGGUGCUGGCCAGCAGCCGGGGUGUCGCCAGCUUUGUGUGUGAGUAUGGAUCUUCAGGCAAAGCCGCCGAGGUCCGAGUGACAGUGCUACGGCAGGCGGGCACCCAGAUGACUGAAGUCUGCGCCGCAACGUACAUGGUGGAGAAUGAGUUGACCUUUCUAGAUGAUUCCACCUGCACUGGCACCUCCGUUGGAAACCAAGUGAACCUCACCAUCCGAGGGCUGAGGGCCAUGGACACGGGGCUCUACAUCUGCAAGGUGGAGCUCAUGUACCCGCCGCCCUACUAUGUGGGCAUGGGCAACGGAACCCAGAUUUAUGUCAUUGACCCAGAACCGUGCCCGGAGUCUGACUUCCUCCUCUGGAUCCUGGCGGCAGUCAGUUCAGGGUUGUUUUUUUACAGCUUCCUCAUCACAGCUGUUUCUUUGAGCAGAAUGCUAAAGAAAAGAAGUCCUCUUACUACAGGGGUCUAUGUGAAAAUGCCCCCAACAGAACCAGAAUGUGAAAAGCAAUUUCAGCCUUAUUUUAUUCCCAUCAAUUGAGAGACCAUUAUGAAGCAGAAAGACCACGUUCCAAUUUUUAAGGGCUGAGGUCACUGUAACUUUUUGCUGUCCAGCUGUUUUUGUUUGUUUGUGUAUCUGGGGGAGAUUCAUCUCUCUUUAAUGUAAAGCUGGAUGCAGAACCCAAAUUAAGUGUAUUAUAAUUUAAAGCAAGGGAGCAGGAAAGCAGAGCGGGGAUGUUUCUGUUACAUGAGACCUAAUUUUAGUAAAAGCAUCACUUGGGAGCAAUACAGGGAUGCAGCCUUAUGGUGUGGGAUGCAGGAUACAAGUUAGGGAAUGGUCCAGUCCAAAGAAAGCAAAGGAAGGGGGUGAGGCACAGGGCCAUAUUGUACACACCUUGUAUUUAUAUGUGAGAGUGUAUAGUUGAAACGAUGUUUUCAAGUUAAGUUUUUAUACCGUGUUAUUUUACUUACCAAAUGUAUAAUUACAUGAAGACUUUAAAAAUACUCACAUGGCUAUAUUUUAGCCAGUGACUCCAAAGGUUGUAUUGUACCAAUAUGUAUUUUUUAUUUGAUAGUAUUUUGCAUGGGGGCCACAUGUGCUUUUGUGUAUUUGCUGAUGGUUUGAAUACAAACACUAUAUGGCAGUGUCUUCCCACCGCGGGUUCAGGGGAAGUUUUGUGGAAGGGCUCAGGACACUAAUACACCAGGUAGAACACAAGGUCACUUGCUAACUGGCUUGGAAACUGGGUGAGGUUAUAGCCAAGUCUUGCAGACAUCUUGGGCUGCAUUGGUGUUGACACGUGCUUUGGGCUUUUAUCAGCUCCUUUCAAUGGUUUUCAAGGAAGCCAAAGCCGGUGGCAUCUGAGUUAACUGGACAGAACACUGCUGUCGGGAAGAUGGCUCAUUCCAGGAGUCCUCUGGUUAGGAACCUCAAGGAGGCUCCAGUUCCACGGGGCCCCGGUUCCUUACACACGGCUAAUGCCACAGACAGAAAACAGCAGCGCCCUGGAAGGGGCAGAGUAGGGUGAUGAAGGUUUCUGAAAACUAACACUGUUGGUGUUUUUAAACUCAAUA